CGCUCCCAAAAAUUAGAAAAAAAUAGCUAAACAGCUGUGUCCUGACAUGCACUGUGAUUGUAAAGCAUGAGGUGUGCAAAACGACAUUGAUUUGUUUUGAGUCUUCUUGCUCUGUUUAUCUCUAUGAAAAUACCGCGUCAGAUGUAGCGCUAAAUAUGCAGAAUUAGAAGAGUGAAAUGAAUGUUGGGGAAGUACAAAAAAAGAAAAAAAAUGGUGACAAAUUGUAUGUUUGUAUCAUGGUGUAUUGUUGCAUUUCUUUCUGCCGCGUGAUGUUGUGCAUGCGGUGCUUUCCCUUUGUAGCAGAAGCUGACAAACACACGUGUCCUCAGUCUCCCUUCAAUUAAAAAAAAAAAAAAGGGACCGCAACCUUAUGCAUCGUGAUUGUGUUUUGUUUGCCAGCCACGAGCCACACUGAUACAACAAAACAAAUCAAUAAGUAGGACAAGCUAAUAAAUUCUGGUUGUAAUUAGCUGGUGGCUGUAAUUAGCUGCUGAUCUACUUGCAUCCAUCAGUCAGUAGUGUUAAUUAGAUUAAGGUACAAAUAAAUAAAUAAAGCAACACUUAUAUUCUAGGGCACUCAUUAAGAUACUUUUUCAAAGAUAAGUUUUCAAAUUAAAAAAAAGAUAUAAAUAUACACGAGCCCGGUGGUCGACUGGUUAGUGCGUCGGCCUCACAGUGCAGAGGUGCAGGGUUUGAUUCCGGCUUCCGCCUUCCUAUGUAGAAUUUGCCUGUUGUCCCCAAGCCUGCGUGGGUUUUCUCCGGGUUUCCUCUCACAUUCCAAAAACAUGCAUGACAGGCUGACUGAACACUCACAAUUGUCCCUCGACGUGAGUGUGAGCACGGAUGGUUGCUCGUCUAUGUGUGUGCCCUGCAACUGGCUGCCAACCAGUUCAGGGUGUCCCCCACCCUCCUGCCCAAAGACAGCUGGAAUAGGCGCCAGCGCACCCGUGAGAAUAAGCGGAUGAGAAAAUGGAUCAAUGAAUGGAUACAUGUUCACAUACACAACACAUUUUUUUUUCCUCAUUUAAAAAAUGCAAACACAAGAUUCUAUUUCAAAAAUCUGUUGACAAUAUCUGAAAUGUUCCCAAAUAAACGAUGCAUUUGACAUUUGUUCUCCAUUAAACACGAUGUUGGUGGAUUUUUCAAGUUAAGGAUACCAGAACAAGUCAGUUUUUCCAUACAUGGUUGAAGUUGGCCCAAACUGUGACUCAGAGCCCUUAAUAUCCUCAUGCUACCAAUACCUAUGAGGGAAGAACAGGGGGAGAGAGGGGUGUGUGUGUGUGUGUGUGCGUGUGUGGAUGCGGAACCCAGACCAGAAGCCAAAAGGGCAAAGUGCAAACUCGCUGAGAAAUCCUCACUUAAUACACUGCGGCGUGACACUCUCCAGCAAAGCUCUCUGCAGGAGGCGCCGGGUGAAAACGUGUCCCCAUCCUGAGGACCUCCCAGAGUGAGAGCACUGAUCCACCGGCGAAACCGCACCCGGUGUUGGUCGUCAUGGCAAACGCACAACCAUGCAAUGCUGACAACUUGAGGCACAGGAGAAUCUUAGCCCAGACGCCGGAUGAGAUGUCCAAUCCUGCUGGAAGCGGUGACGGCGCAAAGUUGGAGGAUGUGGAACAUUGGCGCGAACAUGCGCAGAGGGUGAAGGUGAAGAUCCUGCAGCAGGUCCAGGAUCAGCUGAGUGACAUUCUCGACAAGGAGCUGACAGAGCCUGUCCAUGCGUCAGUCAAUAGAAAGACGGCUAAAGUUGGUGCAUCCAGAUCUCACAAGAUGGACGAUGGCAAAGUGUUCAUGGAUCGAGCGUCGUUGCUAGAUGAGUUGUUUAUGAUCAGCCACAUCAGGACCAUCUACCACAUGUUUGUAGCUGUGCUGCUCAUCUUCUGUGUGAGCACGUUGGCCGUGGACUACAUCGACCAGGGCAGGUUGGUGCUGGAGUUUGAUCUGCUCUUCUAUGCCUUUGGCAAGAUGGGAACGGUUACCUGGGUGUGGGCGCUCAUGUUCGUCUACUCCCUGCUUGUUCCCUACUACGUGUUGCUCUUUUGGGCUGCUUUGUACCACCGCCGCGGCUCCAAGUUGGGGCUGUCUCUGGGCACGGCUCUGGUCCUGGCUGCCCUCCAGAUUUCUGUUCUGGGACUGUUUCCCAUCCACACGGUCGUGCGGAACCAGCUGCCGCCGGCUUCCCGUUUUAUCGUUGUGCUCGAGCAGAUUCGAUUCCUGAUGAAAAGCUACUCGUUCAUGAGGGAAACGGCACCCGUCAUAAUGAAGAAGGCGCUAAAACCAGGGGACAAAAUCCACUUCCCAACAUUUUCCAGUUACCUUUACUUCCUUUUCUGUCCCACUCUUAUCUACAGGGAAUCGUAUCCCAGGAACACACACAUAAGAUGGAAAUACGUCGCUGUCACUGUGACCAUGAUCCUGGGCAGCCUCUUUUAUGGCUACUUCAUCCUGGUGCGCCUGUGCGUGCCCGUCUUUACGUCGGAGAGCGAACAGCCGUUUGGCAAGCGAGCCAUGGUCCUCGCCGUGUUCCACUCCAUACUACCAGGCAUCAUGCUGCUGCUGCUGUGCUUCUUCGCCUUCUUGCACUGCUGGCUCAACCUCUUCGGGGAGCUGCUCCGCUUUGCUGACAGAAUGUUCUACAAGGACUGGUGGAACUCGACGUCUUUUGCCAAUUACUACCGCACGUGGAACGUGGUGGUGCACGACUGGCUCUACUACUACGGCUACAGGGACUUCCUCUCACUGUCGAAAAGGAAGUUCCGCACAGCUGCCAUGUUGUCUGUCUUCAUCGUGUCGGCCGUGGUGCACGAGUAUGCCUUGGCCAUGGGCUUUGGAUUUUUCUAUCCUGUCAUGUUUUGCCUCUUCGCCAUCUUCGGAGUUGUCUUUAACUUCACCAUGAAUGACAAGCGUCAGAACCCCGUGUUCAACAUCAUCAUGUGGGCGUGUCUCUUCCUGGGUCAGGGCGUCCAGGUGUGCCUCUACUGUCAGGAGUGGUACGCUCAAAUACGGUGUCCUCGCACUGGGAAUAGCUUUUGGGAGCUGGUGACGCCUCGCUCCUGGUCUUGCGGCUACCAAGGAUGAACAGUGGAAAGCAGCAAACCAUGAGGGUCAAGAAGGACUGAAACAUCGGAGUUUACAAUUAUUCAAGUCACUCGAAGGCAGGGCUGUGGAGCCUUCUUUCCAUCAGGGCCCAUUUUCUUCAAGUCAUUAAAAAAUUUGGAGAAUUGAGACAUAAUCACAACAAUACAUUAAUGUUUGACGUGAGAAUACAGUGCUAUUUUUCAACUCGUGCAAGGUUAAAGUCACUUUGUGGGA